CGCCGCUCUCGCGAGACUUCCCCUUCGCCUCACGGGUCGGUGGUCCAGUCCGGCGACAGGCGCCCACUAUGCUGCGGGGCGCCGGGGCGCAGCGCCUGCGGCGGGCGGCAUCAAUGCUUCGACGGUUUCAGAGUACAUUGGUAAUAGCUGAACACACAAAUGAGUCUCUCACACCUAUUACGCUGAAUGCUAUCACUGCAGCAAAACGUCUGGGAGGUGAAGUAUCUUGUUUAGUAGCUGGUACUAACUGUGACAAGGUAGCACAAGAGCUCAGCAAAGUGCAGGGUGUUGCGAAAGUUCUAGUGGCUCAUCAUGAUGUAUACAAAGGAUUUCUACCAGAGGAGUUGACUCCAUUGAUUUUGGCAACUCAGAAACAGUUUAAUUACACACACAUCUGUGCUGGAGCAUCUGCCUUUGGGAAGAAUCUUCUUCCUAGAGUUGCAGCCAAGCUUGAUGUUGCUCCUGUUUCUGACAUUAUAGAUAUUAAGUCGCCUGACACUUUUGUAAGAACUAUAUAUGCAGGAAAUGCUGUGUGCACUGUGAAGUGUGAUGAGAAGGUAAAAGUGUUUUCUGUACGGGGAACUUCUUUUGAAGCUGCACCAGUAACUGGUGGUAGUGCUAGUUUAGAAAAAGCAGUAACGGCUCCAGUGCCAGUUGGUCAGUCUGAAUGGCUUGAACAAAAGCUAACAAAGAGUGAUCGGCCAGAGCUCACUAGUGCAAAGGUGGUUGUAUCAGGUGGUCGAGGUUUGAAGAGUGGUGAAAACUUUAAAUUGUUAUAUGACCUUGCGGAUCAGUUGCAUGCUGCAGUUGGAGCUUCCCGUGCAGCUGUUGAUGCUGGCUUUGUCCCCAAUGACAUGCAAGUCGGACAGACGGGCAAAAUAGUAGCACCAGAACUUUAUAUUGCUGUUGGAAUAUCAGGAGCAAUCCAACAUUUAGCUGGAAUGAAAGACAGCAAGACCAUAGUUGCCAUUAACAAGGAUCCAGAGGCUCCAAUUUUCCAAGUGGCAGAUUAUGGAUUGGUAGCAGAUUUAUUUAAGGUGGUUCCUGAACUGACUGAAGCAUUGAAGAAAAAGUGAAAGCAUCCUCAUGAAGUUUGAAGGAAAAAAUAAUUUCUACACAGUGCCAUUAAAAAGCUAUUAUAUCAGAUGGCCUUCAGAGAAGACAACUGUAUAAAUUGUCUGAGUCCAAACUAAUCUCUGAAUGUCUUUUGUACUAUACUUAAUUCCUGCGUACAGACAACUUUAUUUUUUUUUCUAAUUCUAUAAUAAAACAAAUGAUUAAGUGGUA